CAACAAGAAGAACACAUCAAAAAAGUGACGGUGGUGGCUCUUAUUAAAGGUCAUGUAGAUGCCCAUGUUCGCUCCUUACACAAUCUCCCUCGUCGUUUUUCUUUCCAUACACCUCCCCUCCCCACUCUCACUCUAAAAUUAUUUCUCUUUCUCUCUCUAGAAUCUAUAAUCUCCGGCGUUAGAGAAAGGAGAGAGAGAAAAUGUCGUUGGGGAAGAGGCCGCGUCCGCCGAUCAAGAGGACCACCAGCAUGACGGAGUUCACCUUGGAUCUAGACAACAUAGGAGGGGUCACUUCUCCUCAGCCGUCUGAUCCUCACAACCCCUUCAAGAGUGGCCCACUCAGACCAACGGACGGUUCAGAUCAACGGUUCUGGAACGCCACCGUUUCACCUCGGAAUCACCGGCGCAGUUCCGCAGAUUUUACCCAGACCCCCAACUUCUUGAGAACUUGCUCCCUCUGUAAACGCCGUUUGGUUCCCGGUCGUGACAUCUACAUGUACAGAGGCGACAGUGCGUUUUGCAGUCAAGAGUGUAGACAACAACAGAUGAAUCAAGAUGAGAGGAAAGAGAAGAAGUGUUCAUUAGCAUCCAAGAAAGAAUCUACGUCCAAGGCUGCCGGAUCGGAAGUGGUCUCCACCAAAGGUGAGACUGUGGCCGCCGUCUAGAUUUUUAGCUUUUCGCCCACUUAUAUAUAUAUAUAUGUAUGUAUGUGUGUGUAUAUGUGGUGGGGGGGGGGUUUGUGUUUUUUUUUUGGUAUGCUGAUGGGACAAAGUUUUGUAAGACUUUUUCUUUUAUGUGGAUCCAACAUGGACAUCCUCAACUCUCUCUCUCUCUCUCUCUCUCUCUCUCUCUGUCUGUAUUUCUAUGGGCAUCAAUGAAGAAAUGUGAAACUUUUACAAUUUUUAUUUUUAUCUAA